UCUCGUUUGGUAGCUAUAAUAAAAUAAUUUUCACUAAAAAAAAAAACUACUUAAAUAUUAAUUGUUUGCCAAAAGAAAAUAAUAAAAUUACGCUAGAAUAUAAGUGGAAUAAAUAUAUAAAAUGCUUGCACUUUGGUCGCGCAAUUUAUUCUAAAAAAUCUGGUUAAAUAAAAAUUAACUUAAUAAUAAAAUUAAUAAGAAAAACAAUUAACAACGACAAUAAUACAACAAAAACAAAAUUGAAUCAAAACAAAUUAUUUAACACAACCAAAGAACAAUGCUUUGGAACAUUUGCCUUAUACUUGUGAUAUCUUUGGUUUCUUCACCACAUAAACACAGUGUCUCCGGUGGCGGAGCGCCUGGUGAUUCAGUUGUGAUUACUGCCGGUGCUCUCGGUGGUAAUCGCUUUAAUCCACAUUCAACACAUGAGCUAGAACACCACCAGCAAUUGCACCAUCAUCCAUCGCAAAAGCCACCACAACAACAACAACAACAUCAACAACACAGUACUUAUCACAGUAGCAACACUGCUGCAGGCAGCAGUGGUGGCUCGCAACAACAAGCUGCUUCGCAAAUAUCAACAACUGCAACUGCAACAGGUGCUGUUGGUGGUGGUGGCGGUGCCGGUGGAUCCCAUGCGGCCUCCUCCUACGCUCAUCAUCAUGGAGCACCUGGAAGUGGCCACAUAGAUCAUCGGCACUCGUAUAAUCUUCUCAGCGAAGCAAUGUCGCAAGCAGUUAGCAAUGAAUUCAGUGCUCUUGGCAGCGGUUCAGCUGAUGGCGCUUGUCAUGCAGACGACCUCGAUUGCUAUGGUGGGAAUAUCCAGGAUCGUCUGGGAAUGGAAGCGAUACGCACAUUGCAUCGACAAUUGGAUGACGAUGACAAUGGCAACAUUGAUCUCAGUGAGUCAGAUGAUUUCUUGAGAGAAGAGCUUAAGUAUGAUUCUGGAUAUGAGAAACGUCAAAAAGCAUUUCAUUUCAACGAUGAUAUGCAUAUAUCAGUGAAAGAACUGUGGGAAGCGUGGCUUCGAUCUGAGGUGCAUAACUGGACAAUAGAGCAAACUACUGAUUGGUUAGCUCAGUCCGUUCAAUUGCCACAAUAUGUGGAAUUAUUUAAAGCUCAUAAAGUUACUGGCGCUGCUUUGCCAAGAUUGGCAGUUAAUAAUAUGCACUAUGUGGGUAAUGUGCUAGGGAUUAAAGAUCCAAUCCACAAGCAAAAGGUUGCUCUUAAAGCUAUGGAUGUAGUUUUAUUCGGUCCACCAAGAGAAACUGGAACCAGAUGGAAGGACUAUAUAUUAGUAACCCUGCUAUUGAGUGCAAUUAUUGGCUGCUGGUAUGCUUACCAACAAAAUAAAAAUGCCAAAAGACAUCUACGCCGAAUGGCUCAAGACAUGGAGGGGCUCCAGAGAGCCGAACAGAGCUUACAGGAAAUGCAAAAGGAACUUGAACGAGCUCGAAUGGAACAAGAGAAUGUCGCCACCGAAAAAAUGGAUCUCGAACGACGUCUCAAAGAAGCCCCCUCAUUAACUUCCUCCAGCUCAGACUUGGAAGUUCAGCAGUUAAAAAAAGAAAUCGAAAUGCUUCGUUCUGAAUUAUCCCGAGCCGAAAUCGAACUUGUCGAUAACUGUUGGGCACCACCAGCACAAUUACAAUCCUGGCUGCAAUACACUUACGAACUGGAAUCUAAAAAUCAUUUAAAAAAACGUGUUUCCGCUGAAAAACAACUCCAAUCAGCUCGGGAAGCUUGUGAAAAACUACGUAAAAAACGUUCAAGUUUAGUUGGUGCAUUUGUAUCGACUCAUGGUAAAAGUAUCGAUGAUGUUGAUCGUUCCAUUGUCGAGGCACGUAAUUCAUUGAGUGAUGUAACAAAUGAAUUACAAGAACGUUUACAUCGUUGGAAACAAAUUGAAACAUGUUUAGGUUUUAAUAUUGUCAAUAAUAAUGGUCUUGCCUAUUUAGAAAAUGUGCUCUAUAGUAGAAAUGGUGGAGGAGGAGCUGGUGUUAAAGGUUCAAGAGGGCGAAUGACAAAUAGCACAGAUGAUCUUGACGAUGAAUCCGUACAAGAAAUUUUAUAUAUUUACCCAGGUAUGUCUGAUAGCAACUUUAGUCGCAAUAGUGUCAACAGUAGCGGCCUUAUCAGUACCAAUAACUUAUCAACAAGUGGCGGCGGUGGAGGUGGUGGCACUGAUGGUCGAUCUGUUGGCAUACGUGAUGAUUCUUCAUGCAGCGACGAUGGCACUGACAAUCAAUCUGUGCAUUUUUUCCUCGGACCUACACCCGCACCACCACCACCACCAUCCCAAUCCAAUUUAAAUAAUCGUCACAGUGGCUACCAGGCGUUUGAUUCGAUUAGUAGUAGUGUGGUCACCAAUCAUAUUGGCUCAGCAACACCAAUUACACCAAUUACAACGCCAGCAACAGCAACAGCGCCCCCUACUGGUAGCGGCGGUGGCGGCACACAAAUGCACAAUUCGCACGCAGUAUUCAAUUCAAAUGAUAGUUCUUCGCACCAUAGUGCCGAUGAUAGCCGACAUAGUCCGUCUGUGUCAUCGGAACGUUCCAUACCAAUACCUCCACGAACGAAAAAGCCAUCUGUGCCGCCAACGGUGCCAACUCCACCGAGUGGCCCAAUCGGUCGUGCACCUCUACCGCCACCUCGUAGAACAAAUCAGAGUCAUAUCAUCCGAUCCCAAAGCACUGACUUGGUGCCCAUGGAAAUCUACAAUUUCAUUGCCCGCCAACAACAGCAACACCAACAGCAACAACAACAACAACAGUCGCAUGGAAAAGUACUCUCACCUAGAUACAACUCUUCCAGUCAACAAUGUCUGUCAAAUCAACCAGCAAUGUCAUCACCCGCUGCAACAAUUGUCGCGCAACAACUCCAACAACUCCAGCAGCAUAUCUUUGACUUCAAUUGCGGAACAGCAGCAAGCGCUGCCGCCGAUAACUUCCGAUCACUCCACGACAUCACUGCUGCUGCAACAGCAGCAGCAGCAGCAUCAGUCGCAUCAUCAGGGGCUGGUGACCAAGAGCCACUCAUCGACACCGGCAACCACCCCUCAGCACCACCAUUCAUUACAAAAUCUAGUGGCACCGGGUCACUCCAACAGUCGCUACAACUUAAACAACAUCCGUCAAUCGGUCCGUCCACCACCGCCGCCCAAUCAGCGGCCAUUACAACGACGACACACGGUGAUACCCAAGUGGAUGAUACCAAUUCAACAGAUUCAUCCAGUCUCGACGACGAACUCAAAAAAAGACGCCGAAAAUUACGCUUCCCCUUUGGAAAGAAGUCCCAUAAAAGCAAACUUGCAUAGUUCGCAUAGUGCUGGAUGUCUUAAUCAUGCGACUACAACAACAACAAUAAAUAAUUUCGAAACGGCUGUGUCAGCGGCAAUGGCAACACUUGCACAACAUUCACAACAACACAGUUGCAAUAGCAAUAGUAUUAAGUAUCAAAAUCCAAAAGAAUCUUCCAUCAUGCGGCGGCAUUCGGCUGCCCAUCAAUCCACCACAAG